ACCCUCCACUCCACCCUGUUGUUGCCAUGGCAUCUAAACAGCUACUUCCGCAGCAGCUAGCCAAUCAGGAUCCGAAGACGAAACCGGAAAAUGCACACUUGAAAACGAAGUGAGCACCGAAAAGCAAGGGUGGACGAGGAGAAUCCCAGACAGCACAGACGAAGCAGAUCUUCAUAACAACAAAGGUUUGUGAAGACAUCGUGGGAACAACUUGCAAAAUCCUGACAUAUUAAUGCAAGAUACCAGGACUAGUCCUCUGCGGAUCUGCAGUGCGUGAGAGAGCGUGUCCCUGCCAGAUAAGGCCCCCACCGCAUCGUGUGUGCGUGCGUGAGGAGGCUAAUGCCCGCGGUAGUGUGGUCAGGGCCAGAGGAGGAUGAGUCCGGCUGUGGAGGCUCAGGCCCAGGAGGCCAUGAAUGCAGAGCAAAAGCAAAAGCAGAAGCAGAACCAGCUACAGCAUCAGCUGCAGCACCAGCAGUGCUACAUGGAGAAAGGGGUGAUGCUUGAGCCUUUCGUGCACCAGGUGGGGGGACAUUCCUGCGUCCUGCGCUUCGGGGAGCAGACCAUCUGCAAGCCCCUCAUUCCCCGCGAGCAUCAGUUCUACAAGAGUCUGCCUGCUGCAAUGAGGAAGUUUACCCCCCAGUACAGAGGUGUGGUGUCAGUGAGCUUCGAGGAGGAUGAAGAAGGGAAUCUUUGCCUCAUUGCCUACCCGCUCCACAGUGACCCAGCAGCAGAUCUGGAGAACAAAGACCCCUUGGUCGACUGUGAGCCCAAGAGCAAGUUGCUCAAGUGGGGCAAAAUGGUGACCUCAUCACUGCUUGUGGACACCGAAAAUUACAGCAAAGAUGGCCGAAGCCGCCACUCUCGCAAAGACAAGGACAAGAGUGUUCACAAGCUGCAGGAGGACGUGGAGUUGGAGUGGCUGCAGCAGGCCGAGGUGCUCUACUACAGACUGGAGUGCAGUCACAGUAACGCGGUCCCACAGCUUAAACAUAACCCUUGGAGUCUAAAGUGUCACCAGCAGCACCUGCAGAGGAUGAAGGAGAAUGCCAAACACCGCAACCAGUACAAAUUCAUCCUGCUAGAGAACCUGACGUGGCGGCACACAGUGCCAUGUGUUUUGGACCUGAAGAUGGGUACACGACAGCAUGGAGAUGAUGCCACGGAGGAGAAGAAGGCAGUGCAGAUCCGCAAGUGCCAGCAGAGCACAUCAGCCUCAAUAGGAGUCCGUCUCUGUGGCAUGCAGGUGUACCAGUCUGACACAGGCCAGCUGAUGUUCAUGAACAAGUACCACGGCCGCAAACUGACCCUGCCAGACUUCAAAGAGGCUUUGUUCCAGUUCUUCCACAGCGGACAGCGUCUACGACGUGAACUCCUCUCCCCAGUGCUGCGCAGGCUCAGAGACAUGCAAGCUGCCCUGGAAGCCUGCGAAUCGUACCGCUUCUACUCCAGUUCCCUGCUCAUCAUCUAUGACGGCGCACCCCACCGUAAACACACACGACGACGCACUGAGGAUGGACUCUCUGAAGAAGAAGAAGAAGAAGAAGAAGAGGAUGAGGAGGAGGAGGAAGAGGAGGAGGAGGAGGAGGAGGAGGUGGAGGUUGAACCAGAAAUGGAGGACGAAGAGGAAGAGGGGGUGGGGGAAGUAGCAGGUGCACUUGGUUUCCCUCACAGCCCCUCCGCGUCUAGUGACGUCAGCAGCAGUUGCUCCAGCAGCAGCAGUAGCAGUGGGAGCUCAGGUGUCGGCCAGGCUCGCCUGUCCCACUCAGACACUCGCAGCCCCGUGGUGGAUGUGAGGAUGAUAGACUUUGCCCACACCACCUGCAGAUAUUACCGGGAGGACAGCGUGGUGCACGAGGGCCAGGACAGUGGCUACAUCUUUGGUCUCCAGAACCUGAUCACCAUCAUCUCCGAGCUGGAGAACCACAGCACAGACUAAAGACUGACAUGACACACACACACGUACGCACACACACGCACACACACACACAUUCAGACACAGAGGCACAAUAACACACUCUCUGAACUGUGAAAGAAGAGAGGAGGACUGGGCUACAGAAGAGGAGAGAGAUUUCUCCUCUCCUUGGCGUAGCCGGCCUUUCAUUGGACUCCCUUUCCUGUUUCUGCCUUUGGUGCUUCUUGAUGUUCCUGUUGUGUGUGUCUGUCGUCGGGACAUGAAACAGACCUGCAAAUAACAAAGAAGAGCCAUCUGUGUGACUGAUGCAGUGAUUUACCCAUUGUCAUCAUUCUGUUUUAACCCACUUCACUCUUAUGAGAAAGGGUAGGCGGCAAAUAAAAGCAGUUUUAAGUCCGAGACAGUAGAAAUGUUUUAGCUCAUGUCUGAUUCCAAAGAAAGUGUCAGCAUUUUGCACGCACAAACAUGCACUUGAACACAUUCUGCUGAACGAGUGUGUGUUUAGCUUGAGACAGGGCUAUCAGAGAGAGCAGGAGUUGUAUGUGUACGAGGACAGAGUCGAUGGGAAGAAAGGUAGUGAGCUCACACCCUCCAUUCUUCUCUUUUGCCUCUUCAUUCUGCCAUCCUUCUUUCCAUGCUCAUCUUCACUCAGAGAAUAUAUUCAUAUAGGUAUCAGAGACAGAUGAUAUAGAGUUAUUUAUUUAUUUGACAUGUUUCAUAAAAUAAACUAAAAGUUCAAAAAAGAAUGUGAAUGGAGAGUACUACAUUCCAUGUUAUUAAUGUUACAAUAAUGAUAUUAAUUAAUAUUGUUAUUUGACAUGUUUGGAUACCUCUAUCUUGUAUAUCUGUGUUGUCCACAGUUUGUCGGAGGAGAAUAUUAAAGACUUUGGUUUGUGCUAA